AAGGCUUGGUCUCCACUAAAACGAUGGAGAAGAAAGCUUCAAGUUCUUCCAUGGCAGUGUCUGCGAUCUGGUGCUUCGUUGCUUAUGUGACAAUGGCUACAAUGUCUUGCUCAGCUACAUCGAAGCCUUCAUUUGAUGAUAAUUUCAGCAUCAUGUGGUCUGAGAAUCAUUUCAAAACUUCUGAAGAUGGUCAGACCUGGUUUCUCUCCCUGGAUAAUGACACAGGAUGUGGGUUCCAAACAAAAGAGAAAUAUCGAUUCGGUUGGUUUAGUAUGAAGCUGAAGUUGGUCGGAGGUGAUUCUGCUGGAGUUGUCACAGCUUACUAUAUGUGUACAGAGGAUGGUGCGGGGCCCACAAGAGAUGAGCUGGACUUUGAGUUUUUAGGGAACCGAACCGGUGAACCAUACCUGAUCCAGACCAAUGUUUACAAAAAUGGAACCGGAAACCGGGAGAUGAGGCACAAGCUUUGGUUUGAUCCGACUCUUGAUUACCACACUUAUUCCAUUUUAUGGAAUUCUCACCAAAUCAUAUUUUUUGUGGAUAGAGUUCCAGUAAGAGUAUACAAAAACGCCGACUACGAGAACAACUUCUUUCCAAAUCAGAAACCGAUGUACUUGUUUUCAAGCAUAUGGAAUGCCGAUGAUUGGGCAACCCGAGGGGGUCUUGAGAAAACAGACUGGAAAAAGGCACCUUUUGUUUCUUCUUAUAGAGAUUUUACAGUCGAUGGUUGUCAAUGGAAAGACCCUUAUCCUGAUUGUGUUUCAUCUACUACACAACAUUGGUGGGACCAAUACGAAGCAUGGCAUCUUACAAAAGACCAGAAAUUGGAUUUUGCUUGGGUUCAAAGGAAUUUAGUGAUAUAUGAUUAUUGCAAAGAUACCGAUAGGUUUCCUACAUUGCCUGAGGAAUGUUCAUUGAGUCCUUGGGAUUAGGGUUCGGAUCUGGUCAACCAAAUCAAUAUGGUUUGUUCAAUCCAAGUCUCUUUAUAUAUCGGUUUCUUUU